AUGUUACAACCAACAACCGAGUACAAUAUACGAAUUGAUGUGUAUGAGCUACGAGACCUAAAGUUCAACAAUGGAAGUCAAGAUAUCACUCCAAACCCUUAUGUGGAGGUAAAAGUAGGAGAUCAAAUUCGUACAACUUCAAAACAAACUGCAGUAUCUUCUGCAUCAAUUCAAGCAUCGUAUAACUUCACUGUCACCUUAACAAAGGCAGAUUUUGAGUGUUCCUCUAUAGAAGUAAAUGUUAUGCAUGCCUUUAUCCUAUCUAGUGCAACAAUUGGGUCUCAUAUUUUAAGUUUCAACUAUAUUUAUAAUAGAAAUCAACACUGGAUGUACAGAAACUGGGUACCUUUAAUUCUAGCAGAAAAGCCUUGGGAAGUAAUGGGUUAUAUAUUACUAACAGUUGGUAUAUUUGCCCCUGCUGAUCAAAUCCCUGUUAUAGAUGAAAGUUCAGCUUUGGUAAAUGGAUCUGAAAAUGAACAAGUAGCUAGAAUAGCUGCAGGACCAGAAGUUACUUUAACUCUAUAUAAUUUGGGAAUAAAUAUAUACAAGGGUCAGGAUAUAGCUCCAAUUACAGGGAUGUACAAUCUAGUUGAACCAUUUGUAUGUGUGAGACAUGGUGUAUCUACAAUGUCCACUAAAUGCAUUAAGAAUGAAUCUAAUCCUGUAUGGAAAGUAAUGAUUUCAUUACCAGCUUAUUCACCUUGUUCUGAUUCAAAUGUAAUUAUUGAGUUAUGGAAUGGAGAAUCCAAACCAACAUUAUUAGGUAAAUUUCGUCUUGAUGCUUUCAGAUUAUUCAAAGAACCUUUUCCUUUAACUUGGGUUAAUCUUUACUGGACUCAGCCACCUUCUGGGGGCGCAGCUGAAUUAUUUGCAUCUUCAAAUACGUCCGUGACAUCUCUUGUUCCAAGUAGUUAUGCUGGACGUUUGUUGAUAUCAGCUAUAGCUCAGAAAUGUCAAAAAUGUAAUAUUAAAUCAAUACAAUCUGCUCCUCUAGUAAAUGAACCUCCUAUGACACGAUAUAUUUUAUGGAUUGAUGUAUAUGAGGUGACUUGUAGGCCAGAUUACCAAGGAGAAGUUAUAUUGGAGUUUUGUAUUGGUCCUCAAACUGUAGCAUCUCCAUCUAUGCCAAUGUAUAGAGAGCCCCUAAUAUUUGAUUCUCAAAGUGGUCGCUUAGAUGAGACAUAUUUUUAUUUAUCAGAUGGUCAAGAUCCAUGGGACUUGUUUAUUUAUGCAAUAACUGGAAGUGGAGAAGGCCUUUGGACUUCUGCAAAAUACAGUAAAUUAUCGUUUACAAGGAUAGCUUUAGAGAAUAUUUCAAGAGAAGUUGCAGGAAACCCUACUUGGUAUAGUUUAAAAUCUAUUUAUGAUUCUAAUAAUGGGUACAUAUUCAAUGUUUUAGCUGAUAUAACGAUUGUUGCUGCAAAUACAGCUUCAGAUCGUCCAGAACGUCUUGAAUAUUCUUUAAAUCACUUUUUUUUUAGAUCAUUUAUUUAUGAAGGAAUGAAUCUUCCAGGGAUAUCUUCAAUUCUUCCAAAUCCUUAUGUUAAGAUUUCUAUAGGGGAUCAAUCAAUUCAAACUCGUACUAUUGAAACGACAUAUGUACCACAGUGGUAUGAAGCUUAUGAAACUAAAGUUUCACUACCAAAAAAUUUAUCACUUGCUUCAGAUAUAUUGAUAGAAGUUUAUCAUCAGAAUUUAAGCUAUAUAGGAUAUGAACAACGCCUUGGAUAUACAACUUAUAAGCUUACUGAGGUUCCUAAAGUUUGGAAGACACUCCCAGUAUGGCUGAAACUUAGAUCUACUAUUGGAAAUGCUCAAAAUAAUACAAAUACAAUGAUUUUAUGUUCAUUUGAACUUGUCUCUGAAAUAGAAGUCAAAAAUUACCCAUUCUAUGAUGAUAUUCGUCCUUCAACAAUCCCAGCAGAUAUUCGACUUUUCAUAGUAGGAAUUAGAAUGUUUGAGUCUAUUAAAAAUCCCGUAGUUUCAAUUUCUUAUGGUCGGGAAGUUGAUACUUCCAGUGUUCCACUGUGGCAUGACACAACUCCAUCUAAUGCUACUGGAAAUGAGGGAAACUGGAAUUUUCUUCAUGAUUUUGCUAUAACAGCUGAGUUACCAAAAAGGCAUGUUUUUCAAUCAUACUUUGAAGUUACAGUACAUGGAGAGGUUUCAGGUUAUUCUGGAAAUUCAGAUAGUAUUUCAGGAUUUGGCACUCUGUACUUCAAUAACACUAUUCCUUGGUAUGAUGAAGAUACUAAAAAAGAUAGUGAUAAAUUUUUUCAUCUUACAACAGAAGAAGAUAUUUUUCUUGAAUCUAGUAUAGAAAAGAAUUCAAUAGUUGGAACUACUCAAAAUACAGAAGAAGAUAAAAAUAAUAAGAAAGUAUUAAAUAAUAUGAAAUCAUUGGUAGCUCCAACAAGUGCUUUAGCAUCUACGGGAUCUAUAUAUGAUCCAGAUGCAGCUAAUUCACUAUUAUAUCCAGUUGUAGAUUUAAUUAGAGCUGAUAAUAGAUCUCUAGAAAUUGAAGUGGAUAUAAAUAAAGUAUCACAAGAUAAUACAGACAAUAAAUACAUAAAUAUAUUAGCAGAUGAUGAAGAUCAAGCUAAUAUGGCUUCUAAACUUAAAGCUGUAGGAACUAUUUUUGGGUUUGAUGCAACCCUCUUGAACUUUGAUCUAAAAGUUUUUGCUGAUGAUGAGGUUGAUGAGAGGUUUGAAAUACCUUACGAAAUGGAGCAAGAUUUAGAUUUAACAGAACUCCCUUAUAAAAGUCUGCCAUUAGUACAGUUAAAUAGUAAAGGUUUGUAUUAUGUUGUUGGCUAUCUUAAAUAUAUCCUUUGUAUCACACAACAACCUAGAGAUGGUCAAGAUUAUAUUGUCAGAAAUCAAAUUAAAAGAUUGGAAGAAGAAGAACUAAAAAAUUUUACAACAGCUAGGCAAUGGAUUGCAGAUCAAUAUACUUCAAUGAAACCUAUAGUAGCAAGGUGUUACAUACUAUCAGCUCGAGGUUUGUUACCUCCCAGUGGUGAUGCUAACCCUUCUGUAUAUAUAUAUAUUAGAUCUCAAGAAAGUGAUAGUAAUAUAUCUAAAUCUAAAAAGAGGAGUCUUUACCCAAGUAAUAUUAGAGAUAUUGGUUAUGUACGACAUCAAGGAUACAGACCAGAGUUUAAUCAAGUCUAUGAAAUAGGUUGUAUACUACCACGAAAUGCCUUUGUAAAAAUCUCUUUAAUUGGAACUGGAACUAUGAGUGAAGAGGUAAUUGGAACUACUUUCAUUGAUAUAGAAGAUCGUUGGUUUCAUCCCAAAGUUAGGACAAUGAUAGAGACAAACACUGUACCCAUAGAAUUAAGAACUUUACGGAUUGACAACAGUAUUGUGUCUCAUGGAACUCUCAGAGCAUGGUAUGAAAUUUUAUCAGAACAAGCUGCAAAAGCUAUUCCAGUUACUCCAUUAGCUUCUGCAGAUCCACAAACAUUUCAACUUAGAAUUGUAGUCUGGCGUGUAAGACAAGUCCCAGUAGAAUCGAAUACAUCAAUCUCACUAUAUGUAAGUGCUGUUUAUAACCAAGAGGAAAAUAAUAGUGAAACACAAUCUACUGAAACUCACUAUAACUCAAAAGAUGGAACGGGAGUUUUUAAUUGGAGAUUUGUAUAUAAUAUUAAAAUUCCCACCCAAUAUCCUAUAUUAAAGGUCCAACUAUGGUCCUAUGGUUUAAUUCAAAGUGAAAAUAUAGGGGAAUGUUCAAUUGACUUUUCUAAUGAUUUUGGAAAGGCUAGAAAACACUCAUCUCAAAUACUUAGAAUUCCUAGAACUUGGUAUGGUUUCACACAUCCUAUACAAACUAAUCUUCAACAGGGACAAGUUGAACUAGAAAUUGCUAUUGUACCUAGUAAAAUUUCAGAUGUUAAUCCAGUAGGUAAAGGUAGAGAUCCUCCAAAUGUAGAUCCUUUUCUUGAAGAUAUUACUGAGAACAGAACAUAUGUAGAUUGGAAGGGAAUUGGGGAAGUUAUUUCUUCUGCAACAUCCUCAAUAUGGACAAAAGCUAAACGAGCUUUUAUAAUAGGAGCUAUUAUUGGGGUUAUAGCUUUAAUUAUUUUUCUAAUAGUAGUGCUUAAGAAUUAA